AUCCCAAAACCUCUCGAGCGUUUAUUGAUUUUGUGCGGAAAAUUUUCGCUUUUUAUCGUUAAAAGUGGUGCUUCAGAACAAAACUAGCCCGCAAAAAGUAGUGCAAAGUGUGGCCAAAGUGCGAUGAGCGGAAAUCGAGGAAAUUUCAGCUUUUCGAUGCGCCGUCCCGGGCAACUGGCAGGUGCAAUGACCGGACGGCCGCAGCAGCCACAACAGCAGAAAAGUUUUUCCCUGAAUGCUGUUCCACCGCCCAGUUCCCUGAAUGCUGGUCGCGGUGGCCACUCCAAACCGUACAGCAAUCAGUACCAGCACCAUCAGCAGGCCGGAGUUUCCAAGCACGGAUACCACACGAUGGAGGCGAUUGCUGCCUUCUCUAAUCCCGCAUCCCAAUACAGCCUGGGCAAGCGACGUGGGCGUACCGAGGAUGAUUACUUCGACGACGACGAAGAAACGGCGCCGCAGCUGGACUACAUUCCGGCACCCGGUUCGCCUUCGGCCAGUGGAUCCCAAAAUAAUCGCCGGUCCAACAACAGGAACAAUGCCGGUGACGACGACGACGACGAUGAUGACGAUGAUCCGCUGGAUGCCUUUAUGGCCGGCAUCGAGGCGCAGGUUGAGCGGGAGAAAAAGAAAAUUCCACAGCCUAAUGUGGAUCCAAAGAAGGGGGUCCGUGGCGAUAUCGACGACGAGGAUGAUGAAGAGAGUUAUUAUCGCUAUAUGGAAGAGAAUCCUCAUGCGGGCUUGCAGGAUGCGGAUGGGUCAGAUGCUGAGUUAGAGUAUGACGAGGAUGGCAAUCCGAUUCCGCCGCCGAAAAGACGCGAAAUCGAUCCACUUCCGCCGAUCGACCAUUCGGAAAUUGAUUACGAAAAGUUCGAGAAAAACUUCUACGAACCACACGAAGACAUUAAGUCGUUGACUGCGACCCAGGUAUCCGAGUUGCGUCACAAGCUGGGCGUCAAGGUGAGUGGUUUUAUGCCGACCAUUCCGGUGACCAGCUUUGCACAUUUUGGCUUCGACGAGCAGCUCAUGAAGGCCAUCAGGAAAUCGGAAUACACGCAACCAACUCCGAUUCAAUCGCAGGCUAUCCCUGCCGCAUUGAGUGGCCGGGAUCUUAUUGGUAUCGCAAAAACUGGUAGCGGUAAGACUGCAGCGUUCUUGUGGCCAAUGUUGGUACACAUUAUGGACCAAAAGGAACUUGGUCCCGGGGACGGCCCUAUUGGUCUUAUAUUGGCACCCACACGUGAGUUGUCGCUGCAGAUUUACCAGGAGGCUAAAAAGUUCGGUAAAGUGUACAACAUAAGCGUUUGCUGUUGCUAUGGUGGUGGCUCAAAGUGGGAACAAAGUAAGGCACUGGAACAGGGGGCAGAAAUUGUAGUGGCCACACCGGGCCGAAUGAUUGACAUGAUUAAGAUGAAAGCGACCAACUUACGUCGGGUUACUUACCUGGUAUUGGACGAAGCCGACAAAAUGUUUAAUAUGGGUUUCGAACCGCAAGUUCGUUCGAUUUGUAACCAUGUGCGCCCGGAUCGUCAAACUUUGCUGUUCAGUGCUACUUUUAAGAAGCGAAUUGAGAGGCUGGCCCGCGAUGUUCUUACCGAUCCGAUAAGAAUCAUCCACGGUGAGUUGGGCGAAGCAAACCAGGAUAUUUCUCAACACGUUUUCUUGUUCAACAAUCCAAUGCACAAGUGGAAUUGGCUUUUGGCCAAUAUAGUGCAGCUCUUGUCCGAAGGAAGUGUGUUGAUUUUCGUUACGAAAAAAGCCGAUGCAGAGCAGGUGGCCAACAAUCUUCGCCUGAAGGAAUACGAUCCGGUCCUUUUGCACGGUGAUAUGGAUCAGUCGGAUCGUAACGUUGUCAUCACGAAAUUCAAACGACGAGAAGUUGACAUAAUGGUUGCCACCGAUGUAGCUGCACGUGGUCUCGAUAUUCCGCACAUCAGAAAUGUGGUAAACUACGACAUUGCUCGUGACAUUGAUACUCACACCCAUCGGAUCGGAAGAACUGGUCGCGCUGGCGAAAAAGGUACGGCCUACACCUUGGUGUUGGAAAAAGAUAAGGAAUUCGCUGGGCAUUUGGUUCGAAACUUAGAAGGGGCCAAUCAGGAAGUGCCCGAUGAAAUAAUGAAACUUGCAAUGCAAAGCUCGUGGUUCCGUAACUCUCGUUUGAAGCAGCACAAUAAGGCAAAGAACAUAAAUGUCGGUGGCGCUGGGCUAGGAUUCCGUAGCAGACCUGUUCCCGCGGGACCUUUGAAAAAUUUCACCCCUGAAGACGGCGCUGGCGGUAGUUCCGGUGAUAAGGGACCCGGUUCUGAUCGAUUCAAAGCCAUGCGGGACACUUUCAGAGCACAAUACAACUCACAGUUCCGUGCUUCCUCAGAUCGCACUUGGGAGAAUACCCUCCCGGAUGGGGGUACCUUCGCUAAACCCAGUAUGCCCGGUUUCGUACCGGCUUCCAGUAGCGAUGCGGAUUGCAGCGACUCUGACAGCUCACACAGGCGACCCGAUGAAGACCAACAGGGCGACGAACCAGCUCGAAAGAAGAAAAGCCGCUGGAAUUAAGCAAAGCUGGCUGCAAGUCUGGCUUCCCACGCGCGAAAAGUAAGGUUGUAAUCGAAAUGAUUUCUGUGUCUGUGCGUAAUUUCAUUGUCUUAAACAUUUAAAAUCUUUUUCUAUUUGUGUCAAUUGCAAUGGCCCCGAGGAUAACAAAAAACCAAUUAAGCCCAAUUGAAGUUUUAAUGUUACACAAAUUGCGUAUGAAUAAUGUCUUCAUAAUCAUA